AGUGGACCUGAGUUUUGAUGUCCCGGCGAGAUGGAACCGCAACCCCGAGUCCGUCCGGAGCGACUUUGGAUUGUGGCUGCGGCGCUUCUGUCACCUGCCUUCGUGGUGGAGAGCAACGACAUCCUGAGCCUGAAAGUGUCCGGGGAGCCGCCGUUGACGCCCAACUCUGUGUGCAUGAGACUUCCGGGCCUCAGCAAGCGGCAGGUGAGGAUGUGCGCGAGGAGUCCGGAGGUGACGGCGUCGGCCCUCCAGGGGCUCCAGGUGGCGCUGCACGAGUGCCAGAGGCAGCUCCGGGACCAGCGCUGGAACUGUUCCUCGCUGGAGAACCAGGGCAGGCUGCCCCAGCACAGCAGCAUGCUCAGCAGAGGUUUCCGUGAGAGCGCCUUCUCCCUGGCCCUGUUGGCAGCGGGCGUGGCCCACUCUGUGGCCUCGGCCUGCAGCCUGGGAAAGCUGCGAGGCUGCGGCUGUGAGGCCAAGCGUCGGCAUGGCAACGACAAGGUCCGGACGAAGCUCACGCAGCUGCAGCUGCAGACCAUGCAGAAAGGCGGAGUCGGUUACCUGGGCCUGGACCACCUGAAGGCCUCACGUGGAGAGCUGGCGUCCCUGCAGGAGAGCUGGGAGUGGGCCGCCUGCAGCCACCACGUGCGCUUUGGACAGCGCGUCUCCAGGGACUGGCUGGACUCCCGCGGCCCCUCCAGAGACAUCCACGCCCGGAUGAGGAUGCACAACAGCCGCGUGGGUCGACAGGUGGUUGUUGACAACAUGAAGAGGAAGUGCAAAUGCCACGGAACCUCGGGAAGCUGUCAAGUCAAGACCUGCUGGCAGGUGUCUCCAGAGUUCCGGCUGGUGGGCUCGCUGCUCAAGCAGAAGUUCUGGUCGGCCAUCUUUGUGGACUCUCAGAACAAGAACAGCGGCGUCUUCGAUCCGCCCAGCGGCCGCCGCGGCAUGGCGCGGGAGUUGGUGUACUUUGAGAAGUCUCCGGACUUCUGCGAGGUGUCGGUGGACUCUCCGGGGACCCAGGGACGCCUGUGCAACAAGAGCAGCAGCAGCACAGACGGCUGCGGCUCGCUGUGCUGCGGCCGCGGACACAACGUCCUGAAGCACACGCGCAGCCACCGCUGCAACUGCAGCUUCCACUGGUGCUGCUACGUGCUGUGCCAGGAGUGUCGCGUCACCGAGUGGCUCAACGUUUGCAAGUAGCGCCCCCCAUCUGGGAUCCAUUUUCUCUGUCCACUCGGAGAUUGAGGCGGUGACUCAGGUCAUCCGUCUUGGUGCCUUGUGUUUAGACGCCGAGCCGUCAGCCGUGACAACAAUAGGACCCCGACAGAAGCGACGGCCUGCUGACUCGUAGUGUUGUUUCCUCUUGUGAAUCUGGCCUGGGUGAUACUGUUUGUGAGUGGAGCCACUCAGGCACGGCACGUCGGGGGGCUGGGUCCCUCCCCAGGUGGACAGUGCUGCACGCAUCCAUCCGCUCACACAACAGCAGCAGCAUUCGUGAGUGAAGCGAUGACUGGCGCUUGACUUCCACUUGACCUUCACUCUCCAAUCCACACCGGGAUGGAUUUACGGGAGCAGCAUUCCGAGAUGAUCUGUGAACUGUCUCUGUCCCGUCUGCAGGCAGCGAUCGGCUUUAAUGCCAAUUAAGUCUUGUUUGUCUGGUCUGAGGCGCAGAUCUGCGACGCGCUGGAAUGGUGGCGCCGGCGGCCCGACUGUCUGUUUGACAUUUAGUUCCAGAGCGACGGGGACUGGCUGUGGAAUGAU